UGACGUCACAAGGGUCGCGAGAAGUGGGAACGAUGGCGAUGUCUCCUGGCCCCUUGGUUGUUCUGGCACUUUGACGAGCACCGUAUUCAACUUGAAGAGAAAGGAAUGCGCCGCCGCGUUUUAUCACUAACGAAACUUUUUUUUUUAAAAAAGUAACGGCUAAUGGAGGCGCCGAGCCUAUUUAGAUUACUGAACAUUCUGCAGCAGGAUUCCAAGUCAACAGGCGCGUGCUCCCAAUGACGUGUUUACAACGUCUCCCGUUUCCCUGGCAGUCGGGUUUUGGGUUGGGACCCAAGUCCACAUCUGACUGGAGGUUUGGAGUUCGAGCCUGAGUGUGAUUAGCAUCACAGCCGGUGGGGACAUCUAAAGGCUUCCCUGUGUUUUCCUGCGGAGAAACUAGCAGUCAAAGCCCUCUCAUGACUUCAAAUGAACAUAACGUUCCUGCCAUCGAACAUUCUUCAAGCUUACUCGAAAAGAUGUCCCUACCAAUAGGGAUGCACCGUAGGGCAUUCAGUUAUGAUGAUGCUUUGGAAGAUUUAACACCAAUGACUCCUCCACCUUCUGAUAUGGGAGGCAAUAUAUUGUGGAAGCAACCUGUUAUCCCAGAGCGGAAAUACCAGCAACUGUCUAUGGUGGAAGAUGGAGAAAAUGGUGUUUUGCCUUCAAUCAAAGCUCCAUCAGUUGAAAGCCUAAGCAAAGUCCAUGUGGUGAAAGCCAAAGCAACUUCUGUCAUCAUGAACUCACUUAUGACAAAGCAGACGCAGGAAAGCAUACAGCGAUUUGAGAAGCAGGCUGGUCUGACGGAUGCUGGCUACCAACCACACAAGGGCCUUGUUGCAGAAGAGGCCAGUUAUCACCGUGUAGGGGAAGCUUUACAGAAAUUCAAAGCACAGGGUGUGGAUCUAAAUAAAGAAGAUAAGCAGAUAUCCUCAUCAUCUCAGUCAACUCCCUGCGGGACUCCACAGGCCUCACCAAUGCCACAUCGCAGAUCUUUCUUUGGCCAGGGAGCAACUUCUGAUUUGAGCAGUAAAAGCCUGGAUGGAGAUUCCACUACAUUUGUCAGUGAAACAACUGCAGCUGAAAAAUGGAGACCUUUCAUGCAUAUGCAGAAUUACAGAGCAAAUGAACCAGGUGCCUUUGCUAUUCAGAAUUACAAAGGUAUGCAAAAACCCUCCCCUAUGGACAUCAUGCGCACUCAGGGCACUGCUGUUCAGAUGGCAGAAGAUCAUGCAAACUUGAAACCACCCAAAAUGGAGCUAACUUUGCUAGAAGAACAAAAAAAGCGCCCUAUUCGUACUCACCAUGUAAAUUCUAGGGAUCUAAAUGUUUUUGCUCCUACAGGAUUUUAAUGUAUUAUACUAUGGUUAAAUGGUGUCAAUUGUGUGUCCCCUGCUUGAGCAAACUGAUACAUUAACUCCCUGCUCACCCAUGAGAUCUUUAUUUACUUGUGUUUAACCACACUUAAUUCUUGUAGAGAUUUUUAUUUUUUAAAAUUGAGAUGAAAUUAGAGAAGGAAGUAGAGAAGUUUGAAUUCUGUUGUAGAAUCAAAACCAAUAUGAAGAACUUAAAAUUCACUGCUUAUUUGCACCAGAAAGGUUAUGCUGAAACACUUAUGUAGUUUUAUCUUUUUUUUACUGCCCACAGCCAAAAAUGCUUGCAGUGAAGUUGGGAUAUUAGAGCCUCAGUAUUGACAUACUGUGCAUGCUGAGGUUAUAAAUCCAAAUUGACCAGCAAGUUGGUUUCAAAUACUCUUGUUGUAAAAUGUUACUUGUAACAAGGUGUUACAGAAUAAUGUACUUCAGUUCACGUGAGGUCAUGAGACAGGCUAAUGAGAUAACAGCAUAUUACUAGUGAGCCACCUGUACUUGUUUAUUUGUGGUAUUGUCUAAUAUGUUAAAUAAACUCGUGCACAUAAUUGUGACUAUAUUUCAGGCUACACUUUUUUAAAAAAAAUUGGUAUAUAUUCUGAUAACAUUAUUCAUAAUGGAUGACUAAUUGAGGUUGCUGACCAAAGAUGUGCUGUGGUCAAACCAUUAUAAUUUAAUGCUUUUUUUUAAACUUCAAAUACGAAUCAUAUAACUUCAUAUAAAUUAGUGCAGUACAGUUAAUUGCAAAUAUAGCUAUUUUUAAAAAAAAAGUGUAAAGCUUUGAUACAAACUUAUAGGAUUUUCUUACAAAUGUUUGAGGGUUUUUUGUGAUAUUGUGCAAUCCAACCUUAUUUUUCAUGAGACCAGUAAUGUGCUCCUUUUGUGGGUUGAUUUUUUUUUAUAUUGACAUUUGAACUCUUGACAAUUCAACUAGUACCAAGAACACUUUUUGUAACUAAGUGAUUGAAACGGCCUGAAAAGAUCAUGCUUACAUUUAACAGUAUUUCCAUCAGGGUAUUGACUAAUUUCUGGCUCUAUUAAUCUGAACUACAGAUUUGGAUAAUUUUCACAUUGCUUCUAGUUGUUGUUUUAUUUUAACAGUAAAACUGGGUGUUGUGUAGUCCGAAAUAUCUAACCCCUUGAAAUAAGUGGACUACAACUGGUAUUAAAAUACCAAGUGAAUAA